AUGUGCGUUUGCCUGACCCUCCUUUCAUCAGCUAGUCCCCUUAACUUGUCUCCAGACGGAGGCGAUGUCUGUCUCGGCCACCUGCGCCCCUCCUCAUCGGCUCUGUCACCUUAUUCUGGCAUGGUUACAUCAGGUUUCCCAUCAUCGUCGUCACCACAACUAGCCUCAACAUUACCGUCCCCCCAUCCUCCCUCCUCCUGCAUGGCUUCCUUGCAGCAAAGCAUGUCCACAUGA